CGAUGAGUGGCGCCACCUGGACAGUGAGGGGCACGGAGGACGCACACGGCAGGCGACGCUCCCUUCAGACGCACGUUUGAUCUGAACUGGUGCAACAAAAGUCUGUUGGCUGUGUUCCUGCUUCUGCGACGCUUCUCUUUAUGCGAUGGGGAGGUUCUGGUUACUGGUGGUGGCUUGGGUGCAUCUGCUCCUGCUGUUUGGUUCCUCGCCAUCGGAAGGGAUCACUUCCUCACUCUUCCACCGCUCCAAACCCAGCCAUCAAUGUGGGACUUCUUACUUCGCUACUCAGGUCACCUCCGCGGUGGCCUGCGGCGCCAUCUGCAGUACUGAGGAUAAAUGUCUCGGGUUCAGCCUGGGGGUGGCGAUGAACUCCAAGCGGCGUUGUGAGGUUGUUGAGACCUCAGACAACUGUAACAAAAACUCCAACUUUGACUACUAUUCAAGAUCUGGCACAAAGACAACAACAACUUCUUCCAUGUCCACUGCCACUGUGCCUCCUUCAACCACACCGACUACAACUGCCACUACCACCCCUACGACCACCACGACUCCGCCUCCUUCAACAACAACUGCAACUGCCACUACUACGACUCCACCUCCUACAACCACAACCACUGCCACUACCAUUCCCACGACUACCACGACUCCGCCUCCUUCAACCACACCAACUACAACUGCCACUACCACUGCAACGACCACCACGACUCCACCUGCUUCAACCACAACCACUGCCACUACUACGACUCUGCCUCCUUCAACUACACCAACUACGCCAACGACUGUUACGACUCCGACUUCAACCACACCUCAGUCUUCUACCACUCUUACAACAGCGAGUUCUGCUGUCCUGCUUGAGGCACAAACGGAUGAGGUGGUGACAGGAAUACAAACAGACAACAGUAAAAAGAUUUUGACAGAUCUCAUGACGCAGCAGCUGCAGUGGGUCGGCUCAGAGUACAGUAAGUUGGAGGGAGAGCAGUGUGACGCCAAUGGUGCCAUCACCGCCACGCUGAGUGAUACCUCCAAAUUCUGGUGCAGGCCAAUAAGUGGCAGCGUGUCCAUCAGCGACUGUUCCGAUGAGAAAGUUAGUUCCUCCACCAAAAAGAGCAACUGUCCCGCUGAUCACGUGGGCGUAGCAGUGUCCCCGGGCAGCUCCUGGGCAUACAUCAAGUGCUGCCGACUGACUACAUAAUUUAUGACACCUUUGAGAACCUGGCAGUCUUCUCUCAAAGAAAGUCAGUACAGCAGGAGGAGGGAGGAGGGAACACGACAACGUGGUUUGGACACAAUGUGGCAGUUGCUGUUCCUCACAGUGGCCGCAGGAUGGCAUUGUACGCACUGCUUGCUGAAUUAACGAGAAUUUUGGUCGCAGCACGGGAUAAUGAUAGCAAAGCAGCUCCCAUUGAAACACACCUGCGGCAUUAAGGAUAACUGGGAGAGCCAUAUUUAUUGUGAAAUGAUAUCACCCCUCUCUCUCUCUCUCUCUCUCUCUCUCUCUCUCUCUCUCUCUCUCUCUCUCUCUCUCUCUCUCUCUCUCUCUCUCUCUCUCCGAUCAAUUAGCAAUUAGAGGCUAGGUACUAGGUACAUGAGGUGAGAGUGAUGGCGCGCAGGGAUACACACAGAAAGACAUCCUUGUGUAUAGUGAAGUGAUAGCGAUUUGUUGGGCAGCAUAAGCUUCCCGCACAGCUCAUGCUGUGUUUACAGUUUGCUAGCGUCACAGUUCCAAUUAGUGAUUAAUUUGGCCUUUGAUUUCAGUUUCUGUAAUGAAUUUGAUGAAUGA